AUGGCGAAGAUUGUGGGUGCACGUGAGUCGUUAAUUGAAUUAUCCACUGCAGCUGAAGUGCAGCAGAACAUCGAAACAUCGGUGCUUCGAACGGCAGAAUUUUUUGCACUUACCAAGCGCAACGUCUCGUUUGUUUAUGACUACGCACCUAGCAAAAAAGUGCGUGUGCGUACCAAAUUGAAUGACACUUAUUUGCUGGAGGUUCCUGAAGCGUUACUGGAAAACAAGACUGCGACUGGGGCUGUUGAUCCGACAUCUACGCCAAUAGAAGCUGCUACGCUUCUGGCCUCUGAUUCUGUCCCAGUUGCGGCAGAUGUUGUCAUGAGUGGCCACCCAGUUCCUUCAGCACCAGGUAUUUCAAUCGGCAUCGAAGGAUCACUUCCGACAGAAAAGCCCUCGUUUGUGGAUCAAGUGGCGAAAGAGGCCGAGAAGGAGCUGGCAAUUAAAAAGCGAAAACUCAGUAUGGCCUCCGGUGUCAACGGAAACAUGACUUCGGCAGUUGUAGAAUACAACAAGCAUACAGAGACGAGGGCUCAAUUCGGGUCACGCGCAAUUGUUCGUCGCCGGGCGACUGAGGUGCCAAAGCCUAAGUGGCACGCUCCUUGGAAGCUCAAGCGUGUUAUAGCAGGGCACCUUGGCUGGGUGCGCUCUAUCUCCGUAGAUCCUACAAAUGAUUGGUUUGUCACUGGAUCUGCCGAUCGGACUAUAAAGGUAUGGGACUUGGCAUCGGGUCAGCUCAAGCUCACCCUUACGGGUCACAUUAAUGCGAUUCGAGGUCUUGAGGUAAGUCCGCGUCAUCCGUACCUAUUCUCGGCUGGAGAAGACAAAAAAGUGCUUUGUUGGGACCUUGAAUGCAAUAAAGUCAUACGCAGCUACCAUGGCCAUCUGUCGGGGGUCUUCUCACUUAAGGUGCACCCUACACUUGAUGUUCUCGUCACUGGUGGUCGCGAUGCUGUCGCACGUGUAUGGGAUAUGCGAACAAAAAACCAAAUUCACGUGCUUUCAGGUCACCAAGGUACUGUGUGGACUGUGGAGACGCAAGCAACCGACCCGCAGAUCAUCACGGGCUCAAGUGAUAGCACAAUCAAGUUGUGGGACCUUUCCGCCGGUAAGGUGAUGACAACUCUGACGAAUCACAAGAAGGCGAUUCGCGCAGUCACAAAGUCCCUAACUGACCAUACAUUUAUGUCGGGCGCUGCCGACAAUAUGAAAAAGUGGGAGGCGAAAGAAGGUCGCUUUUUGCGCAAUUUUUCGACACACAAUGCCAUUAUCAACUCCAUUUCAAUAAACCAGGACGGUGUGAUGGUUUCAUGUGGAGACAAUGGAUCCAUGCGAUUCUGGGACUACCAGACAGGAUACUGCUUCCAAAGCGAUACGACGAAAGCGCAGCCUGGAUCGUUAGACAGUGAAACUGGAAUUUUUGCAUCGGCGUUCGACAAGACGGGCCUGCGGUUCAUCACUUGCGAGGCGGAUAAGACCAUCAAAGUGUGGCAGGAAGACAGCUCCGCUUCAGAAGAAUCGCAUCCUAUUGACAUGGAUCAGUGGACUAAGCACUCGUUACGCUGCCGCACAAUAUUCACACAAACGAGAAGCUGCUUGUUAUGCUUCUGA